ACCUCUCUCUCUCUCUCUCUCUCUCCCCCUCUCUCUCCCUCUCUCCUACAGACUUCACCCACCUCUCUCCACAUCUUUCUUUUCAGAAAAGCUCUCCUUUGCACUACUCAAUGGAGACUGUCACCUAGCUCUCUGCCUCAGUUUCUCUACAGGUAGAAUGGGGUUCCAGGUUUGCCGAAAGUCUCCUUGGAACUCUGGGAAAGGAAGGGUUGGAAAUUAGAAGCUGGUGAAAGCCUUCCUAGCAGGGAAACCCCAAGACCUUCAGGCACUAAGGGGAGUCAAAUCAGUAGUGGGAAGUAGAGUGCAGACAGGUACCCAGUGUCAGGCUCAGGUCCACACGCUGGCUGGCUAGGAAGGGGAACAGGCUGCCUACUGAGGUCAGCCUCCUGGAAAGUGGCCAGGCCUGCUCCAGGCAGGGCACUCCCUAUGGAGCACGGAGGGCUGCAUCUGCUGUGUGCCCAGCUCUGCCAACUGGGCUCACCUUGACCCUGGGGAGGGGCAUGAACACAGUUCCUGUGGAGCUUUCCUGAAGACCAUCACCCUCUCCGGAGCAUGCCAGGAACUUUCUUCAACAAGGGACAUGAAAAUGAUCCAGUCCCCCAUGGACGCCUUUUCCAGAUUCUUGUCCUCCUCUUGGGAGAGCCGAUCCUCCCCAAAAUGGGAGUGGGGGAGGGGUGGGAGCCUGCGUGCCUUGUCCAGGCACUUCCUUUGCAGCUGGCUCACCACGGCGCUCCAGCCAUGAUGCUGCCAAGUGUGCUCCGUGCCAGGCCAGAGGCUGGGCCUGCGGCUGGGGGAGGGGCUGGGGACACUGGUGUCCUCUCCUGACAGUGGUUCUGAAGUUCCUUUCUUGCCCUUUAGGGAGCCUAAAACUCCCCUGGGGAGGCCCAACUAGCUUUGCAGAGUUGAGGGGAGCCGUGGGGGAGGAGAGUGCCGGAUCUGCUCCCCUUGGGGGCCCAGGACAGCACAAUAGCCCUUGGGCUGCCACUCUCUGGCUUAAGUGGUUGCCCAGACAACAGCAGGGGCCAGUUUCCACCAAUCCAAGGCAGGGGCUGAGUGGGGGGAGGGAGGCCUGGCAGGAAGGGGGAGCUGUCCCCUGUUUGAGAUCCUAUAUAAGGAGGAGGGAUGCGAUCCGAGUGGUCUGAGCGUCACUGUCCCUCCAGUGCACUUGGGGCGGAGCGCGAAGAUGCUUAGGAGAGGGCACUGCAAGCCUGGGUCCUGGGGCAGAUUCUGGGCCAUCCUGGCCUUGGUGGGCCUGGUCACUCAUGCAGCUCAGAGAGCCGACAUUGGCGGGGAGGCAGCAGGCACCUCCAUCAACCACUCCCAGAUACUACUCCACCGCUUGCAGGAGCUGCUGCGGCAGGGCAACGCCAGCGACGUGGUUCUGCGAGUGCAGGCUACAGGCACCGACGAGGUCCGAGUCUUCCACGGCCACCGCUUGCUGCUGGGGCUGCACAGUGAGCUGUUCCGGGAACUGCUGAGCAACCAGAGUGAGGUAGUGCUGCAGGAGCUCCGGGACUGCGCUGCUGUCUUUGACAAGUUCAUCAGGUACCUGUACUGCGGCGAGCUGACUGUGCUCCUGGCGCAGGCUAUCCCGUUGCACCGGCUGGCCAGCAAGUACGGCGUGGCCCCCCUGCAGCACGGCCUGGCCGACUACAUGCGCGCGCACCUGGCCGGCGGCGGCGCGGGCCCGGCGGUGGGCUGGUACCAUUACGCGGUGAGCACCGGGGACGAGGUCCUGCGCGAAAGCUGCCUGCAGUUCCUGGCAUGGAACUUGUCUGCUGUGGCGGGGAGCGCCGAGUGGGGCGCCGUGAGCCCCGAGCUGCUGGGGCAACUGCUGCAGCGCUCGGACCUGGUGCUGCAGGAUGAGCUGGAGCUCUUUCACGCGCUGGAGGCGUGGCUGGGCCGCGCUAGGCCGUCGCCUGCGGUGGCCGAGAGGGCGCUGCGCGCCAUCCGCUACCCGAUGAUCCCACCCGCACAGUUGUUCCAGCUGCAGGCGCGCUCUGCCGCCCUGGCUCGCCAUGGCCCCGCGGUGGCCGACCUCUUGCUGCAGGCCUACCAGUUCCACGCCGCCUCGCCGCUGCACUAUGCCAAGUUCUUCGAUGUCAACGGCAGUGCCUUCCUGCCCCGCAACUAUCUCGCGCCCGCCUGGGGCGCUCCUUGGAUCAUCAACAACCCAGCCCGCGAUGAUCGCAGCACCAGCUUUCAGACGCAGUUGGGCCCGAGCGGCCACGACGCGGGCCGCCGAGUCACGUGGAAUGUGCUUUUCUCGCCGCGCUGGCUGCCUGUCAGCCUCAGGCCAGUCUACGCGGACGCUGCGGGCACCGCGCUGCCAGCCGCGCGCCCUGAGGACGGCCGGCCGCGGCUAGUGGUUACGCCGGCCAGCAGCGGCGGCGACGCGGCCGGUGUGAGCUUCCAGAAGACCGUGCUGGUGGGAGCCCGCCAGCAGGGCCGCCUCUUGGUUCGCCACGCCUACAGCUUCCACCAGAGCAGCGAGGAGGUUGGCGACUUCCUGGUGCACGCGGACCUGCAGCGGCGCAACUCCGAGUACCUGGUGGAGAAUGCGCUGCAUCUUCACCUCAUCGUCAAGCCUGUCUACCACACCCUCAUCCGGACCCCCAAGUAGAUCGGAAAGAAAUGGCCUGACCUAGGCGGUACCAGGGCCUGGGGAGGGUGAGGCGAGCGAGGGGGGGACUGCCAGCCUGGUCCCUGGGUGGCCAGGCAUUGGCUGGUUGGGCCUGGGGUGGGUUCCAGGUGAGUGGCAGUAGACCAGAUCCCUGGAUUCUGGAGCUCAUUCUACAGCCAACUUGAAGGCAACAUUUUUGGUCCUGAAUAAACAGAUGCUCAGAGAGAUGAAGGGAUGAAUGAACUACCAGCUCGGAGGGAAGAGCACCCAGGGAGACCCCACAAGUCUGAGAGUUCCCUGACCUUCACUGAGCUUUUCCCUGAGAGGCCCCACCCCAGCUUGGAACAGGACAGUGGGACGCCAAGGUGCCUACCCCUGGCAGGAGUUUUCUCACCUUGCAGCUGGGGACUUAAUUGGUCAAUUUUUGAGCCCUGAUCUCCAGGGCCCAGCUCCCUCCUCUCAGCUGGGAGGUUUUCUGUGGGUGCCACCCCAAGACCCUGGCCUCUCUCCUAGGAGGGGCCUGGGGAAGUGUGGGGGUUGCUGGGAAGGGGACACAAACUGGACCUUGCUCUAGCCCUGCCUUUCCUGGGGACGGGCCUUGGAUCUGGAGGAAAACCCUUUCCCCAGCCAGGAGGAGAGCAGGGCGUUGCAGGGAGGAGGAAGGGAGCUGGUUCAGUCUUAGUCACGGACGUCCCGAUGUCUGGUUUCCAACGC